AUGAAUUCAGUGACGUACUAUUUGCUAACGAGUGAUCACACUACUACUACUACUACUACUACUACUACUACUACUACUACUACUACUACUACUACUACUACUACUACUACUACUACUACUACUACUACUACUACUACUACUACUACUACUACUACUACUACUACUACUACUACUACUACUACUACUACUACUACUACUACUACUACUACUACUACUACUACUACUACUACUACUACUACUACUACUACUACUACUACUACUACUACUACUACUACUACUACUACUACUACUACUACUACUACUACUACUACUACUACUACUACUACUACUACUACUACUACUACUACUACUACUACUACUACUACUACUACUACUACUACUACUACUACUACUACUACUACUACUACUACUACUACUACUACUACUACUACUACUACUACUACUACUACUACUACUACUACUACUACUACUACUACUACUACUACUACUACUACUACUACUACUACUACUACUACUACUACUACUACUACUACUACUACUACUACUACUACUACUACUACUACUACUACUACUACUACUACUACUACUACUACUACUACUACUACUACUACUACUACUACUACUACUACUACUACUACUACUACUACUACUACUACUACUACUACUACUACUACUACUACUACUACUACUACUACUACUACUACUACUACUACUACUACUACUACUACUACUACUACUACUACUACUACUACUACUACUACUACUACUACUACUACUACUACUACUACUACUACUACUACUACUACUACUACUACUACUACUACUACUACUACUACUACUACUACUACUACUACUACUACUACUACUACUACUACUACUACUACUACUACUACUACUACUACUACUACUACUACUACUACUACUACUACUACUACUACUACUACUACUACUACUACUACUACUACUACUACUACUACUACUACUACUACUACUACUACUACUACUACUACUACUACUACUACUACUACUACUACUACUACUACUACUACUACUACUACUACUACUACUACUACUACUACUACUACUACUACUACUACUACUACUACUACUACUACUACUACUACUACUACUACUACUACUACUACUACUACUACUACUACUACUACUACUACUACUACUACUACUACUACUACUACUACUACUACUACUACUACUACUACUACUACUACUACUACUACUACUACUACUACUACUACUACUACUACUACUACUACUACUACUACUACUACUACUACUACUACUACUACUACUACUACUACUACUACUACUACUACUACUACUACUACUACUACUACUACUACUACUACUACUACUACUACUACUACUACUACUACUACUACUACUACUACUACUACUACUACUACUACUACUACUACUACUACUACUACUACUACUACUACUACUACUACUACUACUACUACUACUACUACUACUACUACUACUACUACUACUACUACUACUACUACUACUACUACUACUACUACUACUACUACUACUACUACUACUACUACUACUACUACUACUACUACUACUACUACUACUACUACUACUACUACUACUACUACUACUACUACUACUACUACUACUACUACUACUACUACUACUACUACUACUACUACUACUACUACUACUACUACUACUACUACUACUACUACUACUACUACUACUACUACUACUACUACUACUACUACUACUACUACUACUACUACUACUACUACUACUACUACUACUACUACUACUACUACUACUACUACUACUACUACUACUACUACUACUACUACUACUACUACUACUACUACUACUACUACUACUACUACUACUACUACUACUACUACUACUACUACUACUACUACUACUACUACUACUACUACUACUACUACUACUACUACUACUACUACUACUACUACUACUACUACUACUACUACUACUACUACUACUACUACUACUACUACUACUACUACUACUACUACUACUACUACUACUACUACUACUACUACUACUACUACUACUACUACUACUACUACUACUACUACUACUACUACUACUACUACUACUACUACUACUACUACUACUACUACUACUACUACUACUACUACUACUACUACUACUACUACUACUACUACUACUACUACUACUACUACUACUACUACUACUACUACUACUACUACUACUACUACUACUACUACUACUACUACUACUACUACUACUACUACUACUACUACUACUACUACUACUACUACUACUACUACUACUACUACUACUACUACUACUACUACUACUACUACUACUACUACUACUACUACUACUACUACUAAUAAUAAUAAUAAUAAUAAUAAUAAUAAUAAUAAUAAUAAUAGUGUUAUAGGAUGUAUUACUAGUGAAGGGUGGUGA